UCGCGAGACUUGUCAUCUCGCCGCUGACGCUGGAGCUCUCUCCGGGCGCUAUGGGAGGGCUCUGGCGUCCGGCAUGCAGGCGCGUUACAUUUUAUGGCUGGCGCUGGAGCCACCCUGGGUCCCCGACCAGGGUUGCCGAGAGGGUAGAGCCGUGUCUCAGUACGGGACGGAGUGGGACAGGAAGUGCUGAGAGGGGGCUGAGGCGGCUUGGGACAUGGAGACGCCCGAACCCGGAGCCGGACCUGGCCCUGCAGCCGCCGCGGCGGCCGAAGAGCACGAACCCUUUCACACGCGCGCAGGAGGACGACUGGCGGCGUCGGAACAAGACGGUCCUCACGUACGUGGCCGCCGCCGCCGUGGGCAUGCUGGGGGCGUCCUACGCCGCCGUGCCCCUUUAUCGGCUCUAUUGCCAGACUACUGGUCUUGGAGGAUCAGCAGUAGCAGGUCAUGCAUCAGACCAGAUUGAAAACAUGGUGCCUGUUAAGGAUCGCAUUGUUAAAGUCACCUUUAAUGCAGAUGUGCAUGCAAGUCUCCAGUGGAAUUUUAGACCGCAGCAAACAGAAAUAUAUGUAGUGCCAGGAGAGACUGCACUGGCGUUUUAUAAAGCUAAGAAUCCUACAGACAAACCAGUAAUUGGAAUUUCUACAUACAAUGUUGUACCAUUUGAAGCUGGACAGUAUUUCAAUAAAAUACAGUGCUUCUGUUUUGAGGAACAAAGGCUUAAUCCACAAGAGGAAGUAGAUAUGCCAGUGUUUUUCUACAUUGAUCCUGAAUUUGCUGAAGAUCCAAGAAUGGUGAAUGUUGAUCUCAUCACUCUUUCUUAUACAUUUUUUGAAGCAAAGGAGGGGCAGCAGUUGCCAGUUCCAGGCUAUAAUUGAAGUCAGCACCUAAGUCCUGCUUCAGAUUUGUGAUUUUUGAAAAAUCAUGUGUCUAGUCUUCUCAGGGGAGAAGUAUUGUACAGUACUGUGAAGGUAUUUUAAAUAUUAUUUAAUGCUGUUUUUUCCCAACUAAUUUACCCUACCUAAAAUUGAACGGUUUCUAUUAUAAAGAAUCCACAUGCCUAUUUAGAAUGUGUGACUGUUCAAAACCAUAGA